UAGUUAAACCGAAGGUUAUAUCAUUCAAAAGUACAAUAUACAUGUAUGUUUUACCGAAAAAGUAUUAAAUCGCUUUUCCUCAAUUGUAACGACACCUCAUCGGUUGCAAAGAUUCAUGCAUUGCUAAUAAUAUCUGGGUACAUAAACAAUGGCAGUUACAAUACCCAACUCAUUGCGACAUAUGCUAGAACUGGUUCUAUUGAACAUGCCCACAAGGUGUUUGAUAAAAUUCCUGACAGAAGGAUUGAUGUUUGGAACGCUAUGAUAAUUGCAUACUCUCGUAAACAUUGUCCUGGUGAAGUAAUCAAUCUUUACAAUGAACUGAAUUCGGAACGAAUUCGACCCGAUAGCUCCACUUUUACAAUGGCACUCAAGGCCUGCACAAGUUUGAUGAACUUGGAAAUGGGCGAAGAGAUUCGGAGGCACGCGAUUGAUAGCGGGUAUGAAAACGACGUGUUUGUAGCUUCUUCGUUGUUGAAUUUAUACGCGAAAUGCGGGAAAAUGAAUGAAGCGAUGAAGGUGUUUGAUAAAAUGCCUAAAAGAGACGUAGUGUCAUGGACGACGAUGAUCACAGGGUUUGCACAAAGUGGGAGAGGUAGUGAAGCCAUAGACGUGUUUCGGCUUAUGCAAAACGAAUACAUUGAAGGAGAUAGAAUUGCGAUAUUGGGUUUGAUUCAAGCUUGUAGUUGUGAUAAUGUUAGAAACACAAAAUUAGGUCUUUCGGUUCAUGCGUAUUUGAUAAGAAGACAUCUUCUUGCAAUGGAUAUUGUAGUUCAAACCAGUCUCAUAGAUAUGCACGCUAAAACCGGAAACAUAGAGCUUGCGUAUCGCGUAUUUGAAUCAAUACAAUGCAAGAACGCCGUUGCUUGUAGUGCGUUGAUUUCCGGUUACGCUCAAAACGGGUUAGCUGGAAACGCGUUUGAUUUAUUAGUGGAAAUGCAAAUCUUCGGGUUCAAACCGGAUUUGGCUUCCGUUGUCGGUGCGCUUUUAGCUUGUUCACAAACCGGGUCGUUGAAACUCGCUAGAUCACUACACGGAUACGCGAUAAAAAAUCUCGUUUUCGAUCAAAUUCUCGGCACGGCGUUAAUCAAUACGUAUUCAAAAUGCGGUUCGCUUUCUUACGCACGUAACCUGUUCGAUAAAAUGCCUCAGAAAGAUUUAGUCAUGUGGAACGCGAUGAUCGCGUGCUACGGGAUACACGGGUACGGAAACGAAGCCCUUACAGUGUUCCACAACAUGUUAGAAGCAAACACGAAACCAGACCAUACGACUUUCGCUUCGCUAAUGUCAGCAUUAAGUCAUGCGGGUUUGGUACACGAAGGUCGGUUAUGGUUCAAGCGCAUGGUUGAUGUAUACAACAUUGAGCCGGUUGAUAAACAUUACGCGUGUAUGGCUGAUCUUUUGGCGCGUGGCGGGCACGUUGAAGAAGCGUACGAUCUUAUCCGUUCGAUGAAAACCGAACCGGGGUUAGCGUUUUGGGUUGCGCUUUUGUCGGGAUGUUAUAACCAUGGUAAGUUUUUGAUUGGGGAAAUGGUGGUUAAGAAGAUCUUGGAGUUGAAACCGGAUGUUGAUACGGGGAUUUACGCGUUGAUUUCGAAUUUUUAUGCGAAAUUAAGAAGGUGGGAUGAAGUGGCUAAUGUGAGAAAUGUGAUGAAGAAAAGUGGGAUGAAGAAAAUGGCUGGUAAUAGUGUUGUGGAAGUGAAUGGAAAGGUUCAUGCAUUUGUUAUGGAAGAUAAGAGUCAUUUUGAGUAUAGAGAAAUCUUGAAAAUUUUGAAAAUGUUGGAUCUUGAGAUGACAUCGUCGGAGGACUAGAUGUAAUGAAAACAAAGAAUCGAAUUUGUCGUGGUCAAAGUGGUAGUUUUGACCCGUUUACUUGUAAUUCUCAUGAUUCAGGAGAACAAUUUGGUUGAGUCAAACAGAGAAAAGUCAACGAUGGGUCAAACAGAUAAUCUGAAAUUAACCUCAUACAAAA